CAGUUUGAACAAAACCCGUUCACUUGGGGCUCCGGGGAAUACCAGGUCCGGUCAUCGGUCGUAGAGCUGUCACUUCAUCAGGACAACAACGAAGUAAUGACCUUCCGCAACCUUACCGAGGACUUCAUCAUCACCAUUCCAGGCAAUCCCAAAAACAAACCGGCGACAAAGAUCAUAACCAUCCCUUCGGCCGGAAAUAGAAGCGCCAGGUAUCAUUUCUACAACCUUACCGGCAUGGCAGAGGGAUUCCUGGUCACCAUCAUACCGUUAAACGCAAGCGUAGUGUACCGCGUGUCGGGUAGACGCGGAGGCCGCCCUGACGACCAGAACUACAACGUGUCCAUGGAAACGUACCUUCUUCCCGAGCAGUGUUCCCUGACGAAAAGCCUGACUGGCGACGAAGGCGACACGGACAAGACAAAGGCAACAAUGUUCAUCCAAGGGGAGGAGGAUCCUGGAGAAUAUUACGUCAAAGUUCAGGUUCUAGGUCCAGUGACUGAGUGUGGCGUCGAAAACAAGUCUGACCCUGGGGAUGCCUAUGACUUCUUCGCCUAUGAGAUCCAGUGGGCCCGUCUGAGGUGUCUCUACUGGAACGAGACCCUGGAAGCCUGGAUGACAGACGGUUGUGCGAUUAGCAACCAGUCUAGUAUCAACAGCACCGUCUGCCACUGUAACCAUCUAACAGCGUUCGGGAGUGACUUCGUCACGCCGCCCAACGCCAUGGACUUUGGAAAGUUUGAGUUCAGCGAUCAACGGUGCGGUUUUGACAACCGUUUGUUCCGUGGUGUUCCGUUUCUGCGGGCUCACAAUGGUCCCUUUACAAGUGAUCGGGGAAUUCAAGAAGGUUUUUGCACGAGGCAGCCAGGUGACGCUGACGGCAGAACAUCUGGGUGCCGUGGAGCAUGAAAACACCACGACUACCAAAAAUUGGGCCACGUUCUACCAUGAAUGUGUCUUUGUCGCAUGAAAAACUGACUACCUUGUAUGUGUGUAUGUGUAUGUG